AUGCCCGCAGAGAUCUUCAACCCCAACCCCGUCGUCUUCUCCACCUCAAAGUCAGGCAAGAAGCCGGACCUAUCUCCGCACUCACUCUGGAUCAACGAUGACCCCGAGAACGACGAGAACGAUGCUGACGAAGUGGUAGAAGCGAUCGACCAGGAGGAGAUUUUCGAUCUCAUACGCUCGAUAUACGACCCUGAGCAUCCGAACACGCUCGAAGAGCUCCGCGUCGUCUCGGCGCCGCAGAUUACCCUCGGGCAGAACCACGUAAAGGUGGAGUUCACGCCGACGGUUCCCCAUUGCGGGAUGUCGACGCUCAUCGGCCUCUGCAUCCGCGUCCGCCUUCUGCGCAGCCUCCCCGAGCGGUUCAAAGUCGACAUCUUCGUCAAGCCCGGGUCGCAUCAGAGCGAGAACGCAGUCAACAAGCAGCUUAACGAUAAAGAGCGCGUCGCUGCGGCGCUCGAGAACCCGGUCCUCCUGGACACCGUCGAGCAGUGCCUGGUGAACGCUGGGGCGAGGGGCAACCCGAUAUGA